CAUCCAAACCUCUGUUUUUUCCAGAGCCUAUCGCUUCGCGGCUCAGUGCAGCUCCCUAUUGUUUAAACUGUGAGGAGAGAAGGAAAGAAAAUCACUCAGCUUGUUCUGUAAACGCUUCCAGUGAAUAAUUUUGAUCUAAUGCUCGAUUUUCGCCGCUCUGAAUGCCGCAUUCAUUGUCAACUUCUCCGAUUUCUUCACUUAAGACUUGAGCUGCAUCAUGAAUAGUUUGGGGACAGCUUUCAAUCGCAUACCUCUGGAAUGGUGGGGAUUACGCAGCCGAAACCCGGGGAGCAUGUAAACGCAGAUGGAGUUUGGGAUUUAUUUCGAAAAAAGGGAAAGAUGACCGUCUUCUCAUUGUGCUUGCUCCUGUGCGCAGAUCUACUGGAUUUAGCCGUCGGAUAUUUAACAGUUACGAUAGAGCCCCUGCCUCCUGUUGUCAUUGGUGAGACUGUUACUCUCAAGUGUAACUUCAAAACGGAUGGAAGACUGCGUGAGAUUGUUUGGUACAGGGUCACAGAUGGUGGCACCAUCAAGCAGAAAAUCUUCACCUAUGAUGCAAUGUUUAAUACUAAUUAUUCUCAUAUGGAGGACUACCGCAGACGUGAAGACCUUGUGUACCAAUCAACUGUUCGGCUCCCAGAGGUCCGGAUCUCAGACAACGGCCCAUAUGAAUGCCACGUAGGCAUUUACGACCGUGCAACGAGAGAGAAGGUUGUCCUGGCUUCAGGGAAUAUUUUUCUUACGGUUAUGUCACCUCCAAACAACAUAUCAGUGGUGGCAGAAAACACUCCAGCCCCCUUCAGUCGAUACCAAGCCCAGAAUUUCACUCUUGUCUGCACUGCAAGGGGAGGGAAACCAGCCCCAUCGGUGUACUUUAAGCGUGAUGGCGAGCUCAUAGAGGUAAUUUCCUACACUCAGCCCUCCACUAACGAACAAGGAGGAAGUGCAGCAGGGGUGAGAGGAGCCAGGCCUCUCAUCAGCAGGGACCUUGACGAAACUAAACUGCAAAGGUCCCUCUCCCUUCUUGAUCCCGAAAGGCGAUCAGCUCGCCUGUACACGGAGAGCCCUCAGCGUGUCCACACUCAAGGCCAGCAGGCCUACGAGCCAAGCCCUGCAACAGAGGCCAUCCCCGAGACAGUAGUGAGCCGGGAAUUCCCCCGCUGGGUACACAGCACAGACCCUCUGUACUACUUCAGCCACACGCACAUCCCCCAGAGUGACGGCUCUGUUGUGGUUCAGGCCAGACUCACCUGGACCCUCAACCCUCAGCUUGAUAAUGACGCCCUGUUCAGCUGUGAAGUCAAGCAUCCAGCACUGUCAAUGCCCAUGCAGACUGAGGUCACUUUAGCUGCUCCUAAGGGUCCUAAACUCUUGAUGACCCCCACUAGGGCAAAGGUAGGGGACACAGUGCACAUCACCGUGCAAGGAUUCCAGGUAGGAUCGCCUGGGAAUGAGGUUUUCCCAGAGCCACUCUUCACCUGGACGCGGGUGGGGGGCCGCCUGCUGGAUGGCAGCACUGAGCGAGAGGGGAAGGUGUUGAUUCUUGAGAGAGUGCCAGCAGAACUUAACGGCUCCAUGUAUCGCUGCACGGCCCAGAAUCCUUUGGGUUCCACAGAUACGCACACUCGCCUCAUAGUCUUUGAAAAUCCAAGCAUGAUGAAGAACACACAGAAUCAGAACAAUGCAGCAUCCCGCACGGACGUGCUCGGACUGACAUGGAUUGCACUCGUCCUCACAGUGACGGUGGAACUGACGUGAAAAAUCUCAUCCAAGACACUCACACACACGUUUAUAUACUUCCCUGCCCGUACAAUACACAACAUCUGCAUAUGCAUAGCAACAAAUGCACAUACAAUCCUGCAAGCCUUUUCCAGUCAUCAACAGACCCUUCAUACAUCGAUCAGGAAGCAGUGCCACCACAUGGUGCUUCAGUUUUUUUGCUUUGUUUUUUUUUUUGUGUGUUUUUUUUUUUUUUU